AUGGCGAAUAGCAAAUACGAGUACGUUAAGUCUUUUGAGGUUGAAGACGAAAUAAUGCCUCCCAAUUUGAUCGUCAUUCGUAUAGACGGACGCGAUUUUCGCAGAUUUUCUGAAGUUCACGAGUUUGAGAAACCGAAUGAUGAGAGAGCCUUAAAUUUGUUGAACCAAUGUGCAAUGGCUGUUAUGGAGGAGUAUCCUGAUAUUGUCUUUUCUUAUGGAUAUAGCGAUGAGUACAGUUUUGUUUUGAAGAAGACAUCCAAGUUCUACCAGAGGCGAAGCAGCAAGAUAUCCUCCGUCAUUGUAUCAUGCUUUGCUUCUGUAUAUGUCACAAAAUGGAAAGAGUUCUUUCCCCAUAAGGAAUUGAGAUAUCCACCCUCAUUUCUUUCACGAGUUGUUUGUUGUGCAUCACUAGAGGUUCUUCAAGUGUAUCUUGCAUGGAGACAAAGAGACUGUCAUGAUCAGAAUCAGUAUUAUACUUGUUUCUGGGAGCUUGUGAAAAAUGGUGGAAAGACUGAAACUGAAGCACAAGAAUUUCUAAAGGAUGCUAAAGAACAAGACAGAAAUGAACUUCUCCAUCAACAGUUUGGUAUUAACUACAAUGAUAGUCUUGCAUUGUUUCGUCAAGGAACUUGUAUUUUCAAGAAUGAGGUGGAGGAUUUUGUAAAGUACAAUGAGGACGGAACACCAGUGAAGAGGUUGCGGAGAAAGACAAGUAUUUUCCGCUCAGAAAAUAUAGCUAGUAGAAGAUUUUGGAAUGCACAUGCAAUUCUUCUUAAAGAGCUGGGAAAUUUCUCCGAUGACUGUUUCAAAAUAAACCCCGAUUACAUCAGAUCCUUUGUAUUUGAGAGCAAGCUGAUGCCAUCUACUUGGGUUGUAAUUAGAAUAGAUGGCUGCCAUUUUCACAGAUUUUCUGAUGUUCAUGAAUUCAACAAACCUAAUGAUAUUCAAGCUCUGGAUCUUAUGAAUUUAUGUGCAAUGGCUGUGUUAGAAGAGUUUCAGGAUAUUGUUUUCUCUUAUGGAGUUAGUGAUGAGUACAGCUAUGUUUUGAAGAAGGAUUCUCAGCUCUAUCAGAGGCAAGCCAGCAAAAUUGUUUCUGCUAUUGUAUCCUUUUUCUCUUCAAUGUACGUAAUGAAAUGGAAAGAUGUCUUCCAGAACAAAGAUUUGAAGUACCCUUCAUCUUUUGAUGGACGGGCGGUGUGUUACCCAUCAAAUGAAAUACUUCAAGAUUAUCUGGCGUGGAGACAAGUUGAUUGUCACAUCAAUAAUCAGUACAAUACCUGUUUCUGGAAUCUCGUUAAAUCGGGGAAAAGCAAAAGCGAAGCUCAAAUUUACCUAAAGGGCACUCAAGCACGUGAGAAAAACGAAUUGUUGCUUAAAGAGUUUGGCAUCGACUACACUACACUGCCACUCAUGUUCCGCCAGGGUUCUUCCAUUUUCCGGGUUAAGAGAGAGAAUACCUCGAUGGAAGAGAAUGAUGAUUCUUCUAUUGAGAAAACUGAAACCAAAAUAAUUACAGAAUAUUGUAAUAUAAUUGAGCAGAGCUUCUGGGAAGCACAUCCAAGCAUCUUGGAUUAAAAAAGCUCCGACUUACAUAGAUUUUAAGACAUUGUUGUUGUUUUUCUUU